AUGGUAUGCACUAAUGCACUCUUUUCUAUUAGCCUAAGCAUCUUUGCUAACUCGCUCGCCUACUAUGAAACUACAGCAGAUGGAAAUGGAUCCUGCCUCACUGAAUCCAUAUGUCUGAAUGGGAUAGGACUAGCCAUAGUUACCCCAGCUAUUCUGUCCCUUGUUGCUGAUUCUACUGAUGACAGCAAUCGAGGACUAGCCAUAGUUACCCCAGCUAUUCUGUCCCUUGUUGCUGAUUCUACUGAUGACAGCAAUCGAGUGGCAAUUUCAAGAUGUCUGAAUGGGAUAGGACUAGCCAUAGUUACCCCAGCUAUUCUGUCCCUUGUUGCUGAUUCUACUGAUGACAGCAAUCGAGGACUAGCCAUAGUUACCCCAGCUAUUCUGUCCCUUGUUGCUGAUUCUACUGAUGACAGCAAUCGAGGUAUGGCUUUUGGAUGGCUACAGUUAACAGCAAAAUUUUUGCUCGUGGCAAUUUCAAGAGGUCUGAAUGGGAUAGGACUUGCCAUAGUUACACCAGCUAUUCUGUCCCUUGUUGCUGAUUCUACUGAUGACAGCAAUCGAGGUAUGGCUUUUGGAUGGCUACAGUUAACAGCAAACUUUGGCUCAAUCAUUGGUGGGCUUUGUUCUGUGCUGAUUGCCUCAACAUCAUUCAUGGGCAUCCCUGGUUGGAGGAUUGCCUUCCAUCUGGUUGGACUGAUAAGUGUUAUCGUUGGAAUUUUGGUCCGCCUAUUUGCCAAUGAUCCCUGCUUUUCUGAUUCUGAUAAUAAAACUAAAGCUCAUAUUCCACCAAAACCCCUUGCCUCAGAAGUAAAGGACCUGAUUAAAGAAGCAAAGGCAGUAGUGAAAAUUCCAUCAUUCCAAAUAAUUGUUGCUCAAGGUGUAUCUGGUUCAUUUCCUUGGUCAUCAUUAUCAUUUGCCCCAAUGUGGUUAGAGCUCAUUGGGUUCUCCCACAAAGAAACGGCAUUUCUCUGGACUGUUUUUGUCAUUGCCACUUCACUUGGGGCUCUGUUCGGGGGAAGGAUGGGGGAUAUCCUCUCAAAACGGUUGCCAAAUUCCGGGAGAAUAAUUCUCUCACAGAUAAGCUCUGGUUCAGCCAUUCCUUUAGCAGCAAUACUGCUGCUUGUAUUGCCUGAUGAUCCUUCAACUGUGUUUAUCCAUGGCUUGGUUUUAUUCGUCAUGGGAUUAAUCAUAUCCUGGAAUGCUGCAGCUACGAACAAUCCAAUAUUUGCAGAGAUAGUUCCAGAGAGAUCUCGAACGAGCAUCUACGCUUUGGAUCGAUCCUUUGAAUCCAUAUUAGCAUCAUUUGCUCCUCCUAUAGUUGGAAUUUUGUCUCAGCAUGUAUACGGUUACAAACCUGUUACAAAAGGAGCAACAGAUUCUCAAGAGAUUGAAACAGAUAGAGAAAAUGCUGCAGCACUUGCCAAGGCACUCUACACAGCAAUUGGCAUUCCAAUGGCUAUCUGUUGCCUCAUCUACUCCUUCUUAUACUCUACUUAUCCAAGAGAUAGGGAACGGGCAAGAAUGGAUUCCUUAAUAGAAUCAGAAAUGCAAGAGAUGGAGAUGGACAAUCCUUCAGGACAAGUAUACUCCCAAACUCGUAUUUCAGGAUCAGAUGAGCUACAUGGAAAAGAGAGGAGUGUGAUUGAAAUCAGUUACGAACAAGAGGAAAGCCUUGAUUUUGAUGAAAAUGAUGAGAAGAGACUCCUUUCCCAUCAGCUCACAUUUUCAGAUCUUGGGAAAUAUGACUCUGGGAAUGCAACAAGCUGAGACUAUUACUCCUUACAACUCAGAUUAUGAAUAGGCUUCACUUAACACGAAUUUUCCAGUUUGGUAUGUGCUUUUCAGGGCCCCUUUCAGUUUUACAACCAACAUUUAGUGUGUCAUUACCUAACCUAUUCUUGGUCUAUCUUAUUCAGAGAAAAAUACGAUGUUAAGACACUUUUUUUUAAAUUUUUUGAGACUAAACUUGAGAAUUUAAAUAUAAAAUGUUUUGCACCAUGGUAAGUUUGUAAAAAAAAAAAAAAGAUUAUGUUUUGAUAGAACACCUUGUAACAGAUUUUUCAGAUUAUCGUGAAACUCAAACCUUCUGUUUGAUAUACAUAGAACCAAAAGUAUCAUUAUUCCUCUUAUAAAAAAAGGGUAUCCUUAUUCCAAAUUUAUAGAAAUAUUACUGGCAAGGAGAGCACGUAUGGAAUCUGUACAGUAUGUAGCCAUUAUGCUUCCAUGGUUUUGAUGGACGUUGAUCUGUUAAAAGAUCCAUAUACGAACAUUGUGACAUCUAUGGAUAUUGGGGUAAGUUUAUUCUGUUGUAAUUCCUUUGGGAAUUAGUUUAUAUGGUUUCGUGUAAUGUUGAGCUUAGUUUAUGUAUUGCAUACGUAAAUGUGUGGAUUGUAAAACUUACAAAAAUGGUUUGUGUC